AUGAUUCCUGCUUACUUGAAAGUGGUCAGAUCCGCGAUUGAGCAGCAUUCGAAAAAUCGAAGUGUCUUCUAUAACCGUGACCUGAUCGACGAGAAGACUGAGAACAUCAGCGGGAAAUUUGGUGUCGUCUACACCAUUCUUGGUGUGGACUGUGAUAAGCUUAACGAGUUCAUCAUGUCUGCAAAAGGGCUAUCGACAUUCAUUAGACAGGUUGCCGUCACAUGUGGAGGCAAAACAGCAGUUCUGCCACUUCCAAAUUGA